AUGGCCAGCUUGUUUCCAUACACCUUCAUUUCCUGCCCCUGUUCCGAUGCGUCUCGGCGGGCACUGACUUCCAAGAGGCUCUCGCGGGAGGUGGAAUUGGAUCAACAAAUCCAGCAAGACGAAGAAACCUUUGAUCCUCGACAACCUCGGUCGUCCUUCUCGCUAUUCCCCCCUGAAAAUCUCCUUUACUGCGAAGAGUGCCACGAUAUCAAAUGUCCCCGCUGUGUGACAGAGGAAAUCAACGCUGUAUACUGCCCAGACUGCUUGUUCGAGAGCCCAAAAGUCAUGGUCAGAGGCGAAGGCAACAGAUGUCCACGCAACUGUUACCAUUGUCCCAUAUGUACCUCUCAGAUGAUUACAACGUCUGUUGGAGACCCGAAGGAAGGACCAUUCAUUCUCAACUGCAAUUAUUGCAUGUGGAACACGCUUGAUGUCGGCCUUAAGUUCGACAAGCCCACGGGCAUCCGUACUCAGAUGGACGAGCUCGCCAACGGAGGAGGAGCUAAGUCUAGAUCAUCUUCCAUCAUCAAAUCUUCGUACUCGGGUCAAGACCAACCUCCCAGAACAUCCUCACUUGCUUUGCCGCCGUUUUCUCCUUCCGACGACCAGACCGAGACGUCGGAACCAUCAGACAAAGCCGUGCCGAGAACAGCACCAAUGGACGCAGCAUCCAGGUUCAACGCUCUCAAGACAUUUUACAAAGAACAAAUCACAGAAUCGUCCGCCACCGACGCCGACUUCCCAGCAUCGACAUUCGACAUGGCCUACUCCUCCCCGUCGUCCCUCCAACGGAUCAUGAACAUCUACACCAACCCGUCCAGCUCACUGAAGCGGUCCCGUCAGAAACUCACCAUCAUGCGCGAGGCCCGCACGCGCGACGAAGGAUUCCAAGCCGCGCAGCCUUCCGAGCCGUUCGACUACGACGAAGCCACGACCUCUUCCCAACGUGCGUUCCAGUACCCGUCAUUCAUCGGCAACCCAGACGCCGUGAAAGCGCGGGACCUCAAGCCGAUGCCGACACUCAUGCGCACCAAGCGCUCCAAGCGCUGCGCAGCCUGCAAGCACAUCCUGACGCGACCGGAGCUGAAGAUCAGCUCGGCACGCUACCGCAUCAAGCUCAUCGCGCUCAACUACAUCCCCUACGUGACCGUCAAACCGCUUCCUGUCCCCGGCGGAGGCGGCCUACCACCACCUUCGGGGCCCGACGGCAGCGCCGACGUGCUCCUCCCCGCCGCCAAACCCGUGCAGUUCAUCAUGACGCUGCGCAACCCCCUGUUCGAGGACGUGAGCGUCAGUCUCGGCACCCCGAGCGUCACUCCCGGCAAGCAUGGCCACCGCGUGACGAUUCUGUGUCCGCAGUUCCAGAUCGGCAAGAACAGCGACGCGUGGGACGACGCGUUGAAAACAACCAACAGCAACAGCAACCUUCCCAGCACCAGGGCCACGGAGGGCGGCGACCAGAUCGCCGGCAAACUGUACGACCAGGGGAGAAACUGGGUCAGCGUCGUGCUGGAGAUUGUGCCGGCGUCCAUAUUCAGAAAACAAGGCGACGUCUUGGACGAAGACGAGGACGUCGUUGAAAUCCCCAUCAGAGUGAGGCUCGAAUGGACCGUCACGGACGAGGACGGCGGGAUCCUCGAGCGCCGCCGAAAGAAAGACGGCAAACUUCUCGAGGGAGGAGAUGCCGACGAUGCCGACGAUGGGAAGAGGGAACUAAGUUAUUGGAUGGUUCUCGGCAUUGGACGAGUCGAUUGCUAA